GGAGAGUGUGGGACCAGGGCUGGAGAGACCGCCGGGGAGCAUCAGCAGGACCAGUCCAGCACGGAGCCUCGCCUGGCCGACCGCUGCGCCGUGCACUCUUCUUCGGGACUGCACAACAUUCCUGUGAAAUAUAACUGCUAUUAAUGGCAUGUGGCUUGUAACUUUACUUCUGCUGUAUUCUUUGCAAGAAGUCAACAGCGAGGAUGUUGUCUCUACGCGGCUGUACUUUGUGAACGCCUCCCUGCAGCGGGUGACCUUCUCCAGCUCGGUGGGGGUGUCCCUGCCCUGCCCUGCGGGCGGCGCCCCCCAUGCCGUCCUGCGCUGGUACCUGGCCGCCGGAGACGACAUUUACGACGUGCCCCAUAUCCGCCACGUGCAUGCCAACGGCACCCUCCAGCUCUACCCCUUCUCUCCCUCCGCCUAUAACAGCAUCAUCCACGACAACGAGUACUUCUGCACUGCUGAGAACCAGGCCGGCAAGAUCCGAAGCCCCAGCAUCCACGUCAAAGCAGUGUUCAGAGAGCCCUACACAGUACGUGUGGCUGACCAGCGCUCCAUGCGGGGUAAUGUUGCCGUGUUCAAGUGCCUCAUCCCCUCAGCUGUCCAGGAGUACGUCAGCGUGGUGUCCUGGGAAAAAGACACCGUCUCCAUCGUCCCAGGUAACCGUUUCUUCCUGACCUCAUUUGGAGCUCUGUACAUCUCAGAGGUGCAGAAAGAGGAUGCUCUGUCCACCUACCGCUGCAUCACCAAGCACAAGUACAGUGGAGAGACCCGCCAGAGCAAUGGAGCCCGGCUCUCUGUUAUGGACCCUACGGAGUCCACCCCGUCAGUGCUGGACAGUUUCCAGUCAGGUGAGGUGCAGGUGGGGCGCAGCGUGGAGCUGCCCUGCAUCGCCUCUGGAUACCCAAACCCCACCAUCCGCUGGCUGAAGGAUGGGCGCCCGUUACCGGCAGACUCCCGCUGGACGCGGCGUCUCACUGGCCUCACCAUUUCUGACUUGAGGCUCGAGGACAGUGGCAACUACAUCUGCGAGGUCACCAACAGCUUUGGCUCGAAGGAGGUGACGGGACACCUCAAUGUUAUAGAGCCACUGCGCGUCACGUUGUCUCCCAAGAACCUGAAGACGGGGAUCAGCAGUACAGUCAUCCUGUCCUGUGCCGUCCAGGGUUCCCCCCACUUCACUGUGUCCUGGUACCGUAACACAGAACCCGUCCUGCCCGACCAGCACUUCUCCAUCCAGGGGGCUCACAAUGAGACUCUGUUUAUUUCUGCUGCCCAGAAAAGACACUCCGGGGCUUACCAGUGCUUUGCCACACGCAAGGGCCAGACUGCCCAGGACUUCUCCAUCAUACUGCUGGAAGAUGGCACACCACGUAUUGUCGCCUCCUUCAGUGAAAGGGUGGUCGUCCCGGGUGAACCCUUCUCCCUCAUGUGUGCUGCCAAAGGAGCUCCUCCUCCCACCAUCACCUGGACCCUGGAUGACGAGCCCGUGGCCCGGGACCUGUCGCGCGUCCGAGCCAGCCAGUACACACUGUCCGAUGGCAGCACCGUGAGCCACGUCAACGUCAGCAGCCCGCAGAUCCGCGACGGAGGAGUGUAUCGCUGCGCCGCACGCAACUCGGCCGGUAGUGCCGAGUACCAAGCGCGCAUAAACGUAAGAGGACCACCAAGGAUUCGGCCCAUGAGGAACAUAACCGCAGUGGCAGGAAGGAACACAUUCAUAAACUGCCGUGUGAUCGGCUACCCGUACUAUUCAAUCAACUGGUACAAGGAGGGGCUUCUGCUGCCCGACAACCAUCGCCAGGUGGUGUAUGAGAACGGGACUCUGAAGCUAAGUGAUGUUCAGAAGGGAAUGGACGAGGGUGCCUAUGUCUGCAGCGUCCUCAUCCAACCGCAGCUCUUCAUCACCCAGACUGUUUACGUCACAGUCAAAGUUCCCCCGCUGAUCCAGCCGUUUGACUUUCCGCCGACCUCCAUCGGUAAGUUGAUGUACAUCGCCUGCGUGGUGUCAUCUGGAGACAUGCCCAUACGCAUCACUUGGCGCAAGGAUGGCCAGGAGAUCGUGCCCUCCUCAGGCAUCACCAUUGACACCAAGGAGUUCAUGAGCUCCCUGCAGAUUUCCAAGGUGUCACUCAAACACAACGGCAACUACACCUGCAUUGCCAGCAACGAUGCCGCCACCGUCAGCUCUGAGAGGCAGCUCACGGUCACAGUGCCUCCUCGGUUUGUGGUGCAGCCCAACAACCAGGACGGGAUCUAUGGGAAGGCCGGGGUCCUGAACUGCUCCGUAGAUGGAUACCCCCCUCCCAAGGUCAUGUGGAAGCAUGCCAAAGCGGGUAUUGGGAACCCCCAACAGUACCAUCCUGUGCCUCUGACAGGCCGUAUCCAGAUCAUGAGUAACGGCUCUCUACUAAUCAGACAUGUUCUGGAGGAAGAUCGUGGCUUCUACCUCUGUCAGGCCUCCAACGGGGUGGGCUCAGACAUCAGCAAGAGCAUGGUGCUCACCGUCAAGAUCCCGGCUAUGAUCACCAGUCACCCCAACACCACGAUGGCUAAGAAGGGUCAUGUGAAGGAGCUCAACUGCACGGCCCGGGGAGAGUGGCCGAUCAUCAUCCGGUGGGAGAGAGGCGACACCGUCAUCGACCCUGACCGCAACCCCCGAUACUCCAUCACCACCAGCCCCAACGAGAAGACAGACGAGGUGUUGUCUACACUCAAGCUGAAGCCAGCAGAGCGUGGGGAUUCAGUCUUCUUUUCCUGUCAUGCCAUAAAUUCCUACGGAGAAGGUCGAGGCCUUAUUCAGCUCACUGUGCAGGAGCCCCCGGACCCUCCAGAGCUGGAGGUGAGAGAGGUGAAAGAUCGUAGCAUGAACCUACGGUGGACACAGAGGUUUGAUGGGAACAGCAUCAUCACCUCCUAUGACAUUGAAUAUAAGAACAAGACAGACUCCUGGGAUCUGAAGCACGCCACUCGGAACAUCUCCCCCACCAACAACCAGGCCAACAUAGUAGACCUGCACCCCGCCUCAGUCUACAGCAUCCGCAUGUACUCCUACAACGCCAUCGGCAAGAGCGAAGCCAGCAAGGAGCUCACUAUCAGCACCGAGGAAGCACAGCCUGAUGGCCCUCCCAUGGAUGUGAUCCUGCAGCCGGUGACCUCUCAGAGCAUCAGGGUCACCUGGAAGGCUCCCAGGAAGGAGCUUCAGAACGGGGUGAUCCGAGGUUACCAGAUUGGGUACAGAGAGAAUGGCCCGGGCAGCAACGGCCAGUACAGCAUUGUGGAAAUGAAGGCUACUGGAGACAGUGAGGUGUACACUCUUGACAACCUGAAGAAGUUUGCUCAGUAUGGGGUGGUUGUCCAGGCCUUCAACAGAGCUGGCACAGGGCCCUCUAGCUCUGAAAUCAAUGCUACAACACUAGAGGAUGUGCCCAGCCAGCCUCCUCAGAAUGUGCGGGCUAUUUCAGUGACAUCCGAUGAGGCAGUGAUCACCUGGGCUGAACCUCCACGAAUGACACUGCACGGUGUACUCAAGGGAUAUCGUGUUGUGUUCUGGGCCGUCUUCCCCGAUGGAGAGUGGGGUGAGAUGCAGAACAUCACCACCACCAAGGAGCAGGUGGAGCUCAGAGGCCUGGAGAAGUUCACCAACUACAGCAUCCAGGUUCUGGCCUACACCCAGGCUGGGGACGGGGUCCGCAGCAACGUCCUGUACAUCCAGACCCGCGAAGACUACCCUGGACCCCCAGCUGGCAUCAAAGCUGUGCCCUCCUCUGCCAGUAGUGUUGUGGUGUCCUGGUUACCCCCCCACAAGCCAAAUGGAAUCAUCCGCAAAUACACCAUCUACUGCUCCAGCCCUGGGUCGGGCCAACCGCUGCCCAGUGAAUAUGAAGCCAACCCAGAGCUGCUGUUCUACCGCAUCACCCACCUCAACCACCGGCAGCAGUACCUGAUCUGGGCCGCCGCCGUCACCACUGCAGGUCGGGGGAACAUCAGCGACAAGGUCACUGUCGAGCCAGCUGGGAAGGCCCCAGCUAAGAUCCUGUCUUUUGGGGGCACAGUGACCACUCCAUGGAUGAAGGAGGUGCGCCUGCCCUGUAGCUCAGUAGGAGAACCUACACCUACCAUAAAAUGGACCAAAGACAGUGAGGACACAGCCAUCCCAGUGUCUCUAGAUGGCCAGCGACUCAUCUUGGCCAAUGGGACACUGGUGCUACGCUCAGUCAAAGCUGAGGAUUCUGGGUACUACACCUGCACAGCCACCAACACACUGGGCUUUGACACCAUCAUAGUCAACCUUCUGGUACAAGUCCCUCCAGAUCAGCCUCGCCUGACCGUCUCCACCACCUCAACCUCCUCCAUCACCCUGGCAUGGAUACCAGGAGACAACGGAGGCAGCUCUAUCCGAGGUUUUGUGCUGCAGUACUCAGUAGACAACACAGAGGAGUGGAGGGAUGUGUUCAUCAGCUCCAGUGAACGUUCCUUCAAGCUUGACAACCUGCGUUGUGGCACCUGGUAUAAAGUCAAGCUGGCUGCCAAGAACAGCGUGGGGGCCGGACGCAUCAGCGAGAUUAUCGAGGCCAAGACCCACGGACGAGAGCCCCAGUUCAACAAAGAGCAGCCGGUGUUCACCCACAUUAAUUCCAGCCAUGCCCGCCUCAACCUGCAGGGCUGGGCAAGCGGAGGCUGUCCCAUCAACGCUGUCACUCUGGAGUUCAGACCUAAAGGCACAUGGACAUGGCAGAGUGUGCGCACUAAUGCCACCACAGACGUGUUCCUGGCAGAGCUGCGUGAGGCCACCUGGUACGAGCUGAAGAUGAAGGCUUGUAAUAGCGCUGGCUGUGGCAACCAGAGCUCCCAGUUUGCUACACUGGACUAUGACGGCAGCACAAUCCCACCAAUUAAAUCGCCCCUGGAAAAGAAUGAUGACGUGAAGAAACUGUUUUCUAUUGGCUGUCCCGUGAUCUUGGUCACCCUGGGCGUCGCACUCCUGUUCAUCAUCCGCAAGAAACGCAAAGAAAAGAGGCUGAAGAGACUGAGAGAUGCCAAAAGCCUGGCUGAGAUGCUGAUCAGUAAGAACAACCGCAGCUUCGACACACCGGUGAAAGGUCCUCCUCAGGGUCCACGGUUACACAUCGACAUUCCUAGAGUCCAGCUGCUAAUUGAGGACAAAGAAGGCAUCAAACAGAUCGGGGAAGACAAGGCCACUAUCCCUGUGACAGACACAGAGUUCAACCAAACCGGGAACCCUCAGAGUUUCUGCACAGGUGUGUCUGUCCAUCACCCUGCCCUCAUCCAGAACACUGGUCCUUUGAUUGACAUGUCAGACAUCAGACCGGGAACCAAUCCUGUGUCAAGGAAGAGUGUUAAGUCAGCCCACAGCAUCAGGAACCGUUACUCCAGCCAGUGGACCCUGACCAAGUGCCAGGCCUCCACGCCAGCCCGUACUCUCACUUCAGACUGGCGCACAGUUGGCUCCCAGCAUGGCAUUACCGUCACAGAGAGUGACAGCUACAGUGCCAGCCUCUCACAGGAUACAGAUAAGGGACGUAACAGUAUGGUGUCAACAGAGAGCGCCUCCUCCACCUACGAAGAGUUGGCAAGAGCAUAUGAACAUGCGAAGCUGGAGGAGCAUCUGCAGCAUGCCAAGUUUGAAAUCACCGAGUGCUUCAUUUCUGACAGCUCGUCUGACCAGAUGACCACAGGUACUAAUGACAAUGCAGACAGCAUGACCUCCAUGAGCACACCGUCAGAGCCGGGUAUCUGCCGCUUCACCGCCUCGCCACCCAAACCCCAGGACUAUGAUCGUGGCAAGAAUGUAGCCGUGCCCAUUCCACACCGCGCCAAGAGUGACUACUGCAACCUACCCCUCUACAUGAAAACAGAUCCUUUCUUCCGAAAGCAAUCGGAUCAUCAUGACCCGUGCCCAGUGGUUCCCCCUCGUGAAGCCUCCAUUCGUGGCCUGGCCCAGCGGGCAUAUCACACCCAGGGCCGCCAUGUGACUAUGGACUCUGCCAAGCAGCAGGCCCUAACCAUGGGCCACUCUGGCCUGGCCAGCCUCACCUCCUCUGGGGCUUCCUCUGGUGGAGCAACAGGGGGCGGUGGUGGUGGUGGGCCGAGUGGUGGAGGUAGUGGGAGUGGAGGGGUGUCUGCCAGCUCCAGCAGCUCCACACUGCCCCAGAGGACUCUCACCAUGCCUGGCUCCUCUGCCUCAGCUGCCCAGAGUGCAGCAGCAGCUGCUGCUGCUACUGCCGCUGCUGCUGGGGCAUCAUCAUCCUCUGGGGGGGUUGGGGCCGCGGGGGCCACAGGAGGGACCCCUGGAGGUGCCUCCUCAUCCUCCUCCAAGAUGGGGGGAUCCAGAGACUCUCUCCUGGAGAGCAGCUCCUCGGGCCUAGGCAGACUGCAGAAGCAGAGGGAUGGAGGGGCAGGGGCCUACUCCAAGUCGUACACUCUGGUGUAGACUGCCGUCACUGGGGCCUGUCACUGUAACUCUUAAUAGAAUGCUGGAAAAGCCAGCACUUGCCUGGAGCCUCUAGGGGGAAGUGGAGCAAGUAAGAUACACACGCACAGCUGACCCGACAAUGCCUGCACUGUGCCAGGCUGCAGGGGGCCAGUCGGGGCCCCCAUCGACAAUACUGUAUGAAGGGGUCGGAUUUGGGUCUCCACAGCACAGGGGUUUGCCUUUCUUUCUGCCUGAUUUUACUUUCUAUUAUUAUUGUGUCAUCUUUCUCUAUCUCUUAUGUCACCACCCUGGAAAUCACUUGCCAAAACAUAGAUAAUGAUUUAUCUUUUUACCACAUCUUCUCUUUUCAUUUUCUCUCUUUUACUCUCUCAUUUUCUGGUAAAGACAAAGUACUUAUGCACAAAAUACUUUCCACGUGCACUUGUUUUCUGGAAUCAAGACGCUAAUAGGAUGAACCAUGUCGCUGACAGUUUCACACAGACCCGUGUAGAUUUUUUUAGGCCUUCCAAAUAGUUUCUUUUCUGGUCUUUGGUGGAAGCAGAGCUCAUAUCACAGCAUAUUGCCAUGGCAGGAUGCUUUUACUGUAUGCAUAAACCACCAACCUUGGUGUCACACUGGCUCUGAGAGGUUAUUCUGUCAUGGACACGUAAACUAGAGGCAGUGGAGGGACUUUGGUCUCAAUACCAUUUUUGAAACCCGGGGAAUUCUCUUUUACAUGCAAUGGAUGACACAAUAUAGUGUUCUUAAUUGAUGCUUUUGUAAACAGACUCAAAACAGAGAAAGAAGAAAAAAAGUUGAGCAUCAUCUUCAAGCAACAGAUGAAUCCAACCUUUUUUUUUCCAUGCUUCAAUUGUCUGUUUAUUUUCUGAUGUUGGAAAUAUAAUCUCAUGUGCACUAAGAAAAGGUUAGAAUGGAUCCACGUAACAGAACCUUCACAAGCCUGCGUGUGGGUGUGUGUGGGUGUAUAUGUGUAAAUAUAUAUAUGUAUACAUGUGGCAGGCACACACCAACAGUGGAUCUUUUUAAAAUCAAUCUGUAUGCUGACUCCUCGGGCAGACAUCUGUGUCAAAACUGCCCCCUCCCCCACUGUUCAUUUUUGUACCUGUGAAAGGGGAAACGGGGACAAUGAUGACAAUGAUGCCGAUGAUGUAACACUAUAAUCCUAAUUUGGUCCAGCAUUUUGAACUUUGUUUUUUUUUUUCUUUGUUUUUUUUUUUUUUUUAAAUGUGUGACUGACAGCAUUGCCUAGGAAAUGAGGUUGAAUAUGCGUUGUAGAGGAAGUGGGUUGAAAAGAGAGAAAAACUACAAACAAGAAGGAAUAGGUUCCUUCCUCCCUCUCUCCUCUCUCUCUAUCUCUCUUUCUCUGUCCCUCCAUCCUCGCAAUGAUGAAGGAAGAGACCCUUUUGUUAUUUGUUAUGGUGCCACAGUGCCAUUAUUCUUUGUUUCACUCAUCAGUCUACCUGAACCUACCCACCCAGCCCCUCAUCCCAUCCAUACAGUCUCACUGUGACCUACUGCCAGUGCACUCUGCUCGACAGAAAGACAGACAGACAGACUGAGAGAAAACGUUUAACAUGCACAUGACAGGCAGAAACUCUAGAUACAUGUUCAAUGACAAGUUGAAUGGAAAGACGAGUUAUAAACAUAUAGCAAAUUUUUACAGAUAUACAUGAGAAACUCAUAUUUGUAUGAAGCGAAUUCUUAAUUGCAUUUAUGAACAGAUAAAGGAUAAAGACAUUGAGGUGAAGUCCUAUCGACGGAGAGAUCAAGUGUCAGUAGAAUUUGCAGUUGUGAGGGGUUACAUCGACAGGAAAUAAGUGGUCUCCAAAACUAAUGAUGUGUUUCAAGUCCCUCCACCUCACUGAAAUUGAUUUUAGCUUUAUGCAUGGUACUGUAUCUUUUAACUUUAAGUUUGAUAUUUUGUUUCCAUUCUUCUCCCAAAGCUUAUUCCCAUUACAAAGAACGUUCCAAAAAGAGUUGCUCCAAAUGUUUUGCCAUGGUAAGACGUAACAUCAGGGCUCUCGCAAUAGAAAAAAAAAGAAAAAGAUAUGAUAUAUGUUUGUUUUCAAAAGUAUGUACAUAUAUAUUUCUAUUCAAAUAUAUAGCAAAUAUAUGAAUAUUGAAAAAAGCAGAGAAAUAUAAAGCCGUUCUAAUUGAAAAUAUAUAUAAAAGAUCACAAGACAAUCGCUCAGAGUGAAAAACUGCAAGAAAGGAAGGAGGAAAAAGAAGAGGGAAGCUCAUGACUUAAACGGGUAGUACAGCCAAGAAAGAGAGAUCUUGGAGAGAAAGGACAGGAAAUGGUGUGAAAGAAAGUUGGUAGUGAGGAAUGAUACAAGGACCCCUUGUGAUUUUGUAAAUGUUCCAGCUGCAUAGCCUAUGCAGUAGGUAGCAGUUGAACGGACAAGCACAGUAAAGUCAAAUUAUAGUAUGAGAUUGUGUCAUUGGUUAACUGUGGUCUAUGGCUCAGUGCAGCAAGUGUGGUGUUGAAAAUGAAAAGAGUAAAACAAGGACAGCCUAUACAGUAAGUCAGCCUAGUGUAAAGUGUUGUAUUGUACCUUCCAAAGGUGUGUUCACAAACUCAAUGCCGUUACCUGACUAUAUGUAAUGAAGACAGGCAGACAAACAGACAAG